AUGAACAAACUGUACAUCGGGAACCUCAGCGACCACGCCGGCCCCGCGGACCUGGAAAGUGUCUUCAAGGACGCCAAGAUCCCGGUGGCCGGCCCCUUCCUGGUGAAGACGGGCUACGCGUUCGUGGACUGCCCGGACGAGGGCUGGGCCCUCAAGGCCAUCGAGGCGCUUUCAGGUAAAAUGGAACUGCACGGGAAACCGAUGGAAGUUGAGCACUCGGUCCCCAAACGGCAGAGGAUUCGGAAACUUCAGAUACGAAAUAUCCCACCCCACUUACAAUGGGAGGUCCUGGAUAGUUUACUAGUCCAGUAUGGAGUGGUGGAGAGCUGUGAGCAAGUGAACACAGACUCGGAAACUGCAGUCGUAAAUGUAACCUAUUCCAGUAAGGACCAAGCUAGACAAGCCUUAGACAAACUAAAUGGAUUCCAGUUGGAGAACUUCACCCUCAAGGUCGCCUACAUCCCGGACGAAGCUGCCGUCCAGCAAAAUCCCUCACCGCAGCUCCGAGGGCGCCGGGGCCCGGGGCAGCGGGGCUCAUCCAGGCAGGCAUCUCCAGGAUCACUGUCCAAGCAGAAACCCUGUGACCUGCCUCUGCGCCUGCUGGUUCCCACCCAGUUUGUUGGAGCCAUUAUAGGAAAAGAAGGUGCCACCAUUCGGAACAUCACCAAGCAGACCCAGUCUAAAAUUGAUGUCCAUCGUAAGGAGAAUACAGGGGCCGCCGAGAAGUCCAUUACUAUCCUCUCUACCCCUGAAGGCACUUCUGCAGCUUGUAAGUCUAUUCUGGAGAUUAUGCAUAAGGAAGCGCAAGAUAUAAAAUUCACGGAGGAGAUCCCCUUGAAGAUUUUAGCUCACAAUAACUUUGUAGGCCGUCUCAUUGGCAAAGAAGGAAGAAACCUCAAAAAAAUUGAGCAAGACACGGACACUAAAAUCACAAUAUCUCCGUUGCAGGAACUGACGCUGUACAAUCCGGAGCGCACCAUCACAGUUAAAGGCAAUGUUGAGACGUGUGCCAAGGCAGAGGAAGAAAUAAUGAAGAAAAUCAGGGAGUCUUAUGAAAAUGAUAUUGCUUCCAUGAAUCUUCAAGCACAUUUAAUCCCUGGAUUAAAUCUGAAUGCUCUGGGUCUCUUCCCACCUACUUCAGGGAUGCCACCUCCCACCUCGGGGCCCCCAUCAGCCAUGACUCCUCCCUACCCACAAUUUGAGCAAUCAGAAACGGAGACUGUGCACCUGUUUAUUCCCGCCCUGUCGGUCGGCGCCAUCAUCGGCAAGCAGGGCCAACACAUCAAACAGCUGUCUCGCUUUGCAGGAGCUUCCAUUAAGAUCGCUCCGGCCGAAGCACCAGAUGCUAAGGUGAGGAUGGUGAUUAUCACUGGACCACCAGAGGCUCAGUUCAAGGCUCAGGGAAGAAUUUAUGGGAAGAUUAAGGAAGAAAACUUCGUCAGUCCUAAGGAAGAGGUGAAACUUGAAGCUCACAUCAGAGUGCCGUCCUUUGCCGCUGGCAGAGUUAUUGGGAAAGGAGGCAAAACGGUGAAUGAACUCCAGAAUCUAUCAAGUGCUGAAGUUGUUGUCCCCCGUGACCAGACACCUGACGAGAAUGACCAAGUUGUUGUCAAAAUAACUGGCCACUUCUAUGCUUGCCAGGUUGCCCAGAGGAAAAUUCAGGAAAUUCUGACUCAGGUAAAGCAGCACCAACAGCAGAAAGCUCUGCAGAGUGGAGCACCUCAGUCACGGCGGAAGUAAAGGCUCAGGAGACAGCCACCACAGAGGCAGAUGCCAAACCAAAGACAGAUUUGCUUAACCAACAGACGGGUGCUGACCCAUCCAGAAUCACACGCACGAGUGUUUACCUAGCCGGUUGUUUCUGAGGAACAGGCAACUCGAACUCCUGUCUCUGUGAGAAUGUAUACUUUAUGCUCUCUGAAAUGUAUGACACCCAGCUUUAAAAAAAAGAAAGGAAAAAAAGUGGGGGUAGAGAAAGAGAAGGACUCUGCACUUCCCUUGUGAUAUCAAAGUAUAACAAAUAUUCUAAUUUUCCUUAACAUCCCUUCAUAAUGCCGGAAAUUGGCAUAAUGGUACAUUCACUAAAUUCAAAUAAAUUUAAAAAUAGAUCAUUCCUAAGUCCAAUUGUUGAAAUUGGAUCAAAGUAGAACUGCCACAGGAACAUAAUGCUAAGCCAUUAGAAUAGAAGAGCUGUUGUUUCUUGUUUCUCUAACACUAACGUGGAUAGCCUAAGGGAAGUGCCAACCGCUGUUGGCGGGGUAUUAAACGUGCAUUUUUACUCAACUACCUCAGGUAUUCAGUAAUACAGUUAAAAGCAAAAUUAUUCCUUUUUUGAAAAUUUUAUAUACUUUAUAAAGAAACUCCAACCGUUUUUUAAAAAAAAUAAAAUAAAAAUUAACAGUUGUCAGCUGAUAGGCAAGUAAUUGAGGAAGGAAUUUUACGUCUUGCUGGUGACCGUCAAGUUUGGAAAAUUAAUUUUGCAUUUUUUGAGCCUUUGACAGUAAAUGGAAAGUCCAAUAAAUGUUCAAAGAUGCGGAGCAGUGCCUAUUCUCGGAGAGCAGCGAUUACAUGCACUCUUUUGUCUACAGUGGGGAAGGCUGCUGGUGGUGCCAACAGAGCAGUGGUGGCAGGUUUGGAAUGGCUAGGAUAAAAAGGGGUC